CAGACAGAUGCCCUGUGGCACCACGUUGUGUGUGGGAGAGACCUGCAAGAUCGUAGCUGGAGCUGCUGCACAGAGACACUAACUCCUACCGGCCCAGCUCUUCAUUCCACAUUUUCCUUUCUUGUUUUUGUUGUGAUAGUGCCUCCACCGCAGAGUGGGGAACGUGUCAUCUGACGGCAUGAUGCUGGUUUCACUGCUGCUGAUGGCCUUGGAUUGCUGCCUUGGAGCUCCGGCCGGGAGGGAGCUUUACAGGAUGCCCCAGAGUGCUCUGAAAGCUCUAUCGGACCGGGGCACUGUGGUUCUGGAGGCAGCAUUGACCAGUGCUUUGUCAGCUCUGGAUUUGGCCACUUCAGAGCGGAGCCGGGCCGAGGCGGGCUGCAGAGACUGCGUACCCUGCCUAUUCCAGGACUGUGGUCAGCGCUCCGGACCCUGCUACUCCACAGACAGUGUGUUGGCUGAACCCAGCUGUGACUUAAUCACCAAGGCCCAGAAGGUUCCGGAGGAGGGCGAGAGGAGCUGGGCGUUGAGCCAGGCAUGCGGGUACUACCAGCGGCGGUGCCCUCUAGGUGAUGGCGAGAAAGAGGCAUGCGUGAGGAUUAUGGGAGAGAGCUGCAGCGCCCGCGUGCUCCAGUGCAGCCUAUUGAACACCAUGCAGAGCCUGGACCCUGUCACAGAGACACACACACAGGCUGUGUGUGGCCAGAGAACGUCUGCGCUGCAGAACCUGACCCUGCCUCGCUCCCGCAUCGUGGGAGGUUCCCCAGCUCCCCCUGGCAGCUGGCCCUGGCUGGUCAACCUACAGCUGGACGGUGGCCUGAUGUGUGGAGGGGUGCUGGUGGACAGCUCCUGGGUCGUAACCGCCGCCCACUGCUUCGCUGGCAGUCGCAGUGAGAGUCACUGGACAGCUGUGGUGGGAGAGUUCGACAUCACCAGGACCGACCCCGAUGAGCAGGAGGUCAAGGUGAACCGUAUCAUCCCUCAUCCCAAGUUCAACCCCAAGACGUUUAAUAAUGACAUUGCACUGGUAGAGCUGACAUCUCCGGCCGUCCUGUCGGACCGCGUCACUCCUGUGUGUCUUCCCUCUGGUCUGGAACCUGCCACUGGAAGCCCCUGUCUGGUGGCUGGAUGGGGCUCCCUCUACGAAGAUGGUCCAUCAGCUGACGUGGUGAUGGAGGCCAAGGUUCCCUUACUGCCCCAGAGCACCUGUAAGAGCGCCUUGGGAAAGGAACUGGUCACCAACACCAUGCUGUGUGCCGGCUACCUCUCCGGGGGCAUCGACUCCUGCCAGGGGGAUUCUGGAGGCCCUCUUAUCUACCAGGACCGAAUGUCCGGUCGCUUCCAGCUGCAUGGCAUCACGUCCUGGGGAGACGGCUGUGGGGAAAAGGGCAAGCCUGGGGUCUACACACGGGUCAGCGCCUUUUCUGACUGGAUACUAACUGAGAUACAGAAGUCCUUUGGAAGUCGGGAGCCGACGUGUCCUGAGCUGCUGAAGACGUCAGAGCUGUCGGAGGAGCAGCAGAAGUCUGAGUUCAGUUCUCUGUGUCGCUUCUACGUUCACACCUGCCCCCUCAGUCAGGGCACUGCUGCCUGCAACCGCCUGGCCGAAGAGAAAUGCAUCAGCCGCUUCAAGAAGUGUCAGUUGCGUUCGUUCCUGCAGACCCUGCUGGACCUGCUCCAGAGAGCAGAGGACUACAUCAGAGACAAGGUGGACCUGACCUUCUUCACACAGACGCUGCCUCAGCUGGUGGAACAUGUCUACAGCACAGCCUUGACCGUCAAGGAGAGGGAGAGGAGGGAGAUCGCACAGGGAACAGAGCAGGUAGGGGGUGCUAUCCGAUCAAGGUCAGAAGAUACUGGACCAGGGCUUUUCCAGAAGAUUGGCCCCCUAGUGGCUGACUGGGAGAACUACCUCAGAGGCAUUGCAGAGGAGCUGGACACACAGACACAUAAAAAGACAGGCAUCUCCAAACCCCUGAGCCAAGAAGAUCAUCUUUUCUUCCAGACAGACGACCCCUCAGUGCCUCAGUUGGAGGGGAAGUACCAGACCAUCAUCACAAUGUUACGCUCCAAACUGGACUCCAGACCUUCUCCUCCAAUCUUGUCCCUGGAUACAGCACUCCUCCAUGAAGACUCUCCCGACAUUCCUGCUUUUCCCACAGGAGAGUUACCCUCCGCAUUCCCCACUCAAGGGUCGGACUCUCUCCUCACAGUACUCAUCAGAGAAAUGCGGAAAUUCAGGACACAGAAUGAAGUGGCCAUAGACAAUGCAGAAAGGAGUGUUACAUCUUUAGAAGAGGACACAUCUCCAACUCCCAUCAGUUUUACUGAGACUCAUGAAGCAGUAACAGAACCAACAACGUUACAAAAACUUCUCCUGCCUUUGUCCACCACGAGAAGCCCCCUGUCUUCCACCUCUGACUCCCUUUGGGCAUCCCUCGAACACAGGAGACGCAGGAGUCUUAGAAAAAGGCAGACACCUGGAGUCAAAGCUUGUCCAGGAGUAGCUGAGUCUACCCAACAUGUCAGUGGGAUCAGAGAAACGUACAAGUGGGUCCUGGACAUUCCAUCUAAGAACCUCCGCAUGAACUUCCAGGAAGUGCUGAUAGACCUGACCUCUAAGAAUGAUAGGGGUCUAUAUGAGGCUAGGGUCAGGGCGGUGGUGGGAGGUAGACCCCUGACGUUCUACGGCUUGGUUGGUCUGGAGAAUGAGUCCUUCUAUCGUAGCAUGCCCCGUGUUAUUGCUCUUGCGUUGGACGCUCUCAAAACCUAACAAUAUCAACAACAACGACAAAAGAAAAGAACAUGUCAGAGACUCAUUGACUCCAUGAGUAAAUGGUCUAGAGUCCAUUGGUUGUAGCAGAGACCAGAGAUGUAUGUUUGGGGAAAGGAACCCAGUGUGACUUGGGUGGAGACCACUCUCCACUUCAGGCUGGUGGAGAGAGGACUAAAGUGCCUACAGGUACAUGCACACAAACUCACAAACACACACACAAGUUUUUGUGUCAGUAUCUUACCUGUGGUUCUCAGUGUGACUGCUUGUGCUUUUUAAAGAACACUAGCAGUAGAGUGACCUCUUCAUGUGCCCACACCCCUGAAUGUAUCGGGCAAUCCUGCCCAGUAACCAUUCCAGAUGGGUAGUUGCUCUACAUGACUGGUGUAACAGUGAGUUUCAACUACAGAGUUAGAUACAGGACUAAUUUCUGUAGCUGUAUGAGUGCAAGGUGAAUGAGUGGAAGCACUCAACUGCAAUGUUCAUAUAACAACAGGUUGUAUCCACCUAGAGUCCACUACAGUAUCUAUCUCUAUGGACACAGCCCAUUCUUCACUGAACAAAAAUAAAAAGGCAACACAGAACCAUUUGAACGAUUUUUACUGAGUUACAGUUUAUAUAAGGAAAACGGUCAAUUAAAAUUAAUUCUGUAUGUAGAUUUCACAUGAAAGUGCGAGCUUUUUGUGAGUGUGGAGCAUUUCCGGGAUCUUUUUUUUCUGCUCAUGAAUCAUGGGACCAAACAUGUUUUUAAUAUUUUUGUUCAGUAUAGCUUGUAGGGAAAAAAAAGUAAGUUAUUUUUUUUUUUGCAAAAGGUUGAACCUCUUGUAU